CCUGUGGGGACAUACACGACACCCUGGGCUUCCAGCAGUUGUGAAGGUUUCUGAGCAGCAAGGGAGCGUUUGAGACGCAGUGUCCGAAGCCGAGACCGUGUGCAGGGAUGUCACUGUUGGCACUCGAGUUGUGUGGGCUGACAGCAGGGAUGGGGCAUAUGAGGAUCUAUAGCUGAUACUCAGAGAUACCAACUCGUUGCCCACUGGAAGUAUUUAAAACCCCAUUAUAAAUUGUGAUGGAGGCACAUUGGAAGGCUGAGUGCUUCCUCCUCCAAGCCUUCUGAGUCGUUUGGACCCUUGAUCCCAGCGCUGCGUUGGCAGCUUUUGGGACGGAGGAAAUGACACCUGCAUUCAUCCUUGGACCUGUUUGCAGCCCUGGGUGCACGGGUGAGCUUCUCCACAGCACGCUCAGCUGCUGCUAAACACCCUCAUCAUGACUUUAUGGCACUUGUAUGGCAAUUAUGGGUUUGGUUUUGUGUUUUUUUUUUUUUUUUUUUUUUGUUUGUUUGUUUGUUUUUUGGGUUUUUUUUCCCCCAGCCUUAUAACCGGGGUGGGGAAACAAGGAUCUUUGGUCGAUGUUCUCUUCCGAGCUGGGAGGAUAUUGCGAAUGAGUAAUGGUCCGGCUGGGGCUGUAAUGUGCAGAAUACCUCUGGGAUGACUCACCCCGCACAAUGCAGCACAUCCCUCAAGGAGACUGAAUCACGAAUGGGGAGAAGCCAGCUGGGACUCGGGGUAAGCAGCGCAGACAGGGAGGCUGCUGGUGGCAAUGGUGCUGAAACGGAGCAGUAAAGGUUUAAAAUGCAGAGGAAAUGGCAUCCCCCAGCAGUGACAGCUAUAUUGUGCGAGUCAAAGCUGUGGUUAUGACCCGAGAUGACUCCAGUGGGGGAUGGUUGCCACAAGAAGGAGGCGGUCUCAGUAGAGUUGGCGUCUGCAAGGUCACGUACCCGGAGGGCAAUGGAAGAAGUGGAUUUCUAAUCCAUGGUGAAAGGCAGAAAGACAAACUGGUGGUGCUGGAGUGCUUUGUGAAGAAGGACCUGGUAUACACGAAGGCAAACCCCACCUUCCACCACUGGAAAGUUGACAACAGAAAGUUUGGGCUUACUUUUCAAAGCCCCGCUGACGCUCGAGCCUUCGACAGAGGAGUGAGGAAAGCCAUCGAGGACCUCAUUGAAGGAUCUACAACUUCCUCGUCCACCCUUCACAACGAGGCCGAGGUCGGCGAUGAUGAUGUCUUCACUAAUGCUACAGAUAGCUCCUCCAACUCCUCUCAGAAAAGGGAACAGCCUGUGCGAACCCUGGCUUCUCCUGCAUCCUGCGAACAUCGAAGAAUUUGCACUCGUGGACACCUUCACGACCAUUACAGCUCUGACCACUACCACCUAGAACAAGUAAGGUUUCUUCCCAUACCACGAUCCUACCGGCACGUCAACUUCCCAGACGAUGAUGAGGAGAUAGUGCGCAUCAAUCCUCGGGAAAAGAUUUGGAUGACUGGAUAUGAGGAUUAUCGCCAUGCCCCAGCACGAGGAAAGAACUUUGAUCCUGAUGACAUGGACUCCUACGUACGUUUUGCCAAAAGCGAGGCCUCAAAACACGAAUACACUUAUCCUUACGUAGACAACUCGGACUUCGACCUGGGUGAAGAUACCAAGGGUGCUGUGAUAAAGACUCAACCUGUCAAAUUCAAGCCCAGGCGGAAGGAAGAUGGUGAGAGGUCGCGGUGCGUGUACUGCAGGGACAUGUUCAACCACGAGGAGAACAAGCGGGGUCAGUGCCAGGAUGCUCCAGACCGCGUCAAGACUUGCAUCCAUCGAGUGAGCUGUAUGUGGUGUGCAGACACUAUGCUCUAUCACUGUAUGUCCGACCCAGAAGGAGACUAUACAGAUCCUUGCUCGUGUGACACCAGUGAUGAAAUGUUUUGCCUCCGGUGGAUGGCCCUUAUCGCCUUGUCUUUCAUUGCUCCAUGUAUGUGCUGUUACUUGCCGCUCCGGGCUUGUUACCACUGUGGGGUCAUGUGCAGGUGCUGUGGUGGAAAACACAAAGCUGCUGGAUGACUACAGAUGCAUUCGAAGUGUUAGGUUUUUUCUGUAGUUCAAGGAACACGUUGGUUUUGGAGCACCGAGGUCACUCGCUUUAAUGCAGCCACUGUGCCCGACAGCGUCCGGGAACCACCAGUUUGGAUCACUUCACAUUGGGUCGUCUGGGGCUCACACUGCAUUGAUU